GGAAGCGCUGCAUUCCCUGCCCUGUAGAUGACAUGGAUGGAAGGGGUUAUGGCCACACCGUGCCCUUGUCAGACGGAGGCAAGGCCUUCUGCAUCAUCUACUCGGUCAUCGGCAUCCCCUUCACCCUCCUGUUCCUGACGGCGGUGGUCCAGCGUGUCACCAUCCACGUCACCCGCAGGCCUGUGCUCUACUUCCACGUACGCUGGGGCUUCUCCAAGCAGGUGGUGGCCAUCGUCCACGCCGUUCUCCUAGGCUUUGUCACCGUGUCCUGCUUCUUCUUCAUCCCUGCAGCCGUGUUCUCCAUCCUGGAGGAUGACUGGAACUUUCUGGAGUCGUUUUAUUUUUGUUUUAUUUCCCUGAGUACCAUCGGCCUGGGGGAUUACGUUCCUGGAGAAGCCUACAAUCAGAAGUUCAGAGAGCUCUAUAAGAUUGGGAUCACGUGUUACCUCCUGCUCGGCCUCAUUGCCAUGCUGGUAGUUCUGGAAACAUUCUGUGAACUCCACGAGCUGAAAAAAUUCAGGAAAAUGUUCUACGUGAAGAAGGACAAGGACGAGGAUCGGGUCCACAUCAUCGAGCACGACCAGCUGUCCUUCUCGUCCAUCGCAGACCAGGCGGCCGGCCCGAAGGAGGACCGGAAGCAGAACGAGCCUUUCGUGGGCCCGCAGUCCUCUGCCCACCCCGACGGCCCGGCAGGCAACUGAGGGCUUUGCCGGGUCGUCCGGGAGCAGCCGGGGGAGGGCAGCGAGCGAGAGCCUUUGUCUUAUUUGUUUGUAAGAGAAUAUAGACACCAAGAUGGUAUUUUAACAAAUACCUGCAGUUCAAAAUAUUUACAAAAAAAAACAGCAAAAAAAACAAAACCAUAAAAACACACACACACACAAAACAGAAAACCCCACAUACAGAAAAACCCCAAUAUAACAGAACAGAGGAAGCCUUUACUCUGGAUGACUGUCUGAUAUCUGAGGAAAUGGGAUAUGUACCUAUAAUUCACAUGAGACAAAAUUACCUAGACUUUACUAAUGGGUGAAGAAUACUUGAAGAAAUGUGCUGCUGGGGAGAGACACGGAUUUUACACUUAUAAUUGGGGACUUGAGGAUUUGCAUUCAAAUCAUCUUAGCUCAUGGCUAAAUAGCAACAUUUAUAUUUAAAAGCAAAAAAAAAAGAGAAGCAUAGAGAUACGUUUUAUAAAUAAGUUUAUGUGUACCGGUCUGCAUGUGCCCGUCCAAGAUCAUUAUUUUUGUAGAAUCUAACUUAAAACCUACUAUUUAUAAUGAAUAGGUAACCAUUAACUGUGUACAUACACGUCUAAAGAUGUUUAUAUCUUGUACAUAUAUGGUUUCAGUCUCCAGGUCUCAGCAUACUUCUUAAUCCAAGAUUGUAGAUACUUUUCCUUUUGAUUUCUCUUUAUACUAAAGAAUCGAGCAUUGCUACAAUAAAAUAAGGGAAAUAAUACACUUAAGAGUGAGUUACUAUAUAUUCUACAAUAAAUGUUUCUACCCUUUGCAAUAGAAUGAUCCCAGAUGUCUAAAAUGUUUGUUGUGUUUUUCCGGAGGUGGUCAAGUAAUGAAUAACGUGAUUUGUAAAAGAAGUUAUUUUGUUUUGAAAGUGCGUGCUUUGUAGUCACUUAAUGCUAAAGCCCAGGACAUGAACACAGAAGCCCCAGGUGAAGAGAUUCUGUCAAAUCAGAGAGUUUUUUAUAAUUUAUAAGCAGAAAUCAAUAAAAAUCCUAGCUGGUCGCAA